AUGCUGGGGGCCUGCCUGGGCCUCUGGGUCUGCACCCUGGGCUGUGCGGUCCACGCCUAUCCCAACACCUCCCCGCUGCUGGGCUCCAGCUGGGGCGGCCUGACCCACCUGUACACGGCCACGGCCAGGAACAGCUACCACCUGCAGAUCCACAGGGACGGCCACGUGGACGGCUCACCCCAGCAGACCAUCUACAGUGCCCUGAUGAUCAGAUCUGAGGAAGCGGGCUUCGUGGUGAUAACGGGGGUGAUGAGCAGGAGAUAUCUCUGCAUGGACUUCAGAGGCAACAUUUUUGGAUCUCAUCACUUCAGCCCCGAGAGCUGCAGGUUCCGGCAGCGCACGCUGGAGAACGGCUACGACGUGUACCACUCGCCGCAGCACCGCUUCCUCGUCAGCCUGGGUCGGGCCAAGCGGGCCUUCCUGCCGGGCACCAACCCGCCCCCGUACGCGCAGUUCCUGUCGCGCAGGAACGAGAUCCCGCUGCCCGACUUCGCCACCGCGCGGCCCCGGCGCCACACGCGCAGCGCGCACGACGCUGGGGACCCGCUGAGCGUGCUCAAGCCGCGCGCCCGCGCCACGCCCGCGCCCGCCUCCUGCUCCCAGGAGCGGCCCAGCGCCGAGGACAGCGGCCCUGCGGCCAGCGACCCGCUCGGGGUGCUCCGCGGCCACCGGCUGGACGCGCGCGCCGGGCCGGGGGGCGCCGAGCGCUGCCGGCGCUUCCCCAGCCUCGCUUAG